AUGUUCCGAGUCGCGCGGAUCGAGGGUCUCCACAGAGGAGGUCGCUUUGUAUGGAGAAGGUGCCAUAGCACUGGUGCCUUGCCCAUGCUGUUGCACCGGCAACUCUACUCUGACCUGGAGAGCUUUGCCGGGCAAUUAGGGAAUGCUUGCCGCGUGGGUGAUGGAGGUGCUGGUUGCUUUUUGCUCACGGGUUUGCCUCCAACGCUGUGCUCCUUGCAUGAGGAGCUGCUGAAGAGUGCCCAGCAAUUCUUCGCCCAGCCUGCCCAGGCGAAGGAGGCGGUGGACUACCAGCGAUCCCCCGAGUUCCGUGGCUAUAUGCGGCAGGGUGCCGAAAACACGGCUGGCAGUGUGGAUGAGCGAGAGCAGAUGGAGUUCGGCCGCGAAGAAGCGAGGCAUUUCCGGGAGGGCGGGCUUUACCAACGCCUUAGAGGCCCGAACCAAUGGCCCAGCAAACCUCCUCAUUUGAAGCCCUUGAUGCUGAAAUGGUUGCAAGAGAUGGAGGAGCUCUCCCGGCAGUUGACGCGUGCCUUGUCGCUGUCUUUGGGUUUAACCGCCACCGGACUGGAUGGAUACUUCCUGGAGCCGCAUGUGCAGGCCAAAUUGGUGCAUUAUCCACCUGCAGAAGGUGGCAUGGGUGUAGGUGCUCAUUGCGACUCGGGCUUUCUUACCUUGCUAUGGCAGGACUCGGAGGGGUUGGAGUUCCUGGAUGCCAAUGGUCAGUGGAUCCCGGCCACACCGGUGCCGAACUCUUUGGUUUGCAACCUGGGUGAGGUGGUCCAACUGCUCACCGCUGGUGUUUAUCCUGCCACCGUUCAUCGCGUCCUGCAGCCAAAGACUGCUGGGAGCUCGAAGGGAAAGGAACUGGUUCGGGGACGACCUGGUCAGAGUGUGGUUCAACAAGCGGACCAGACCGAUCUUUUCUAUGUAUUUGAUCACCGUUUUCAGGACAGUUCCAACCAGGGCUCCGCGCGAUUUCCCAUCCCAGGUCUUCUGGAUCUUCUGGUUCUGAAUCCUCCCCUGCUGUUUUGGAAUUCACCCGUGCGCAUUCGGGUCUAUAACACCGAGCGCGCCAACGCGCAGAUCUUGGCCCAAACCGUCCGACAGCACACUCUUCUGGCAGCCGCAGCAAAGGGAACCAUGGGCAUUUUCAUCGUCUUCGUGCUCUCCCGUGCGUUGCAUCCCAUGGUGAUCGACUACUCCAAGGAGGAUGGACAGAUGCUCUAUUCCAAGAACUCUCCUGCAAUCAUGAGUCAGCUCCUUUCAAUGAUCUUCGUUAACUUCCUGGCUUGGCAAGAGGAGGGAAUGAAGGGCGUGAAAGCAUGCUGGCAAAUUCCCAAGGGUGCUUCCAUCUUCAUCGUCAUCGGUCUUUGGUAUGCCUUCGGUGACUUCUUGGAAAUGCUUUCCAUGGGUGCCAUGACGGGUGGUGUCUACCAGCUUUUGCUCCAAUCUAAGCUCUUGAUUACCGCCGUGAUGAUGAAGCAGCUGAAAGGAACUACCCAGAGCGACCUCCAGUGGAAUGUGCUGAUUGCAGCCACCUUGGCCAUCAGCGCCUUUGUCAUGGUUGACUCCGGCAGCUCCGAUGGCGAGUCUGGCAUUCCUUUGAUGGGUGUCGCCAUGGUUCUUUUCAAAGUCGGCGUUUCUUGCUAUGCUGCCGUGCUCUCAGAUGCCAAAUUGAAGGGCUUCAGCAACAUGUCCAUGUCGGCCAAGCUUUCCUUGAUGUCUCUUUCUCGUGUGAUUGCUUCCGUGGGCAUUGCUGCCGUCAUGGAACCAAGCGUGCAGCCCUCCUACCAGUGGAGUGCGGCUGGAUUCUUUGAUCACUGGACGUUGGCCACCUGGGUUGUGACCUUGUCCUUCACCUCAAAGUCUUUGAUCACUUUGUACCUGCUAAAGUCUUUGGACGGCAUUCAGAAGAACGUGGGCGAGGCUCUGGCUGUGAUCGUGAUCUUCUUGGGACAGAUCGCAGCAGGCUCCUCCGUCUUCAACCUGUGCGCCUUCCUCUUGGCCUGCUUGGUGGUCAUCCUCGUGCGCAUCUAUGGACUGGCCGGCAAGGUGAAGGCUGCUGCCAAGCCUGCAGCUAACACAGCGGUCUUGGAUGUGAAAGGACAGAACCUCAAGGUGACAGAGAUCAAGAACACCAACUCCCCAGUCUAG